CGCUGAGCCGGGAGCCGGGAGCCGGGAGCCGGAGCGCGCCGGGCUGGGGCCGGGGCCGGAGCGGAGCAGACGGGGAGCGCGCCCGCCCCAGCCCCGAGUCCCGCCGCUUUCUCUCCCACCGCAGCGCGGGUCCCGCGGCCGCCGGCCCAGCCAUGGAGCAAGACAACAGCCCCCGGAAGAUCCAGUUCACCGUCCCGCUGCUGGAGCCGCACCUUGACCCCGAGGCGGCGGAGCAGAUUCGGAGGCGCCGCCCCACCCCUGCCACCCUCGUGCUGACCAGUGACCAGUCAUCUCCAGAGAUAGAUGAAGACCGGAUCCCCAACCCACUUCUCAAGUCCACUUUGGCAAUGUCUCCACGGCAACGGAAGAAGGUGACAAGGACCACACCUACAAUGAAAGAGCUCCAGAUGAUGGUUGAACAUCACCUGGGGCAACAGCAGCAGGGAGAGGAGCCUGAGGGAGCCACCGAGAGCACAGGGACCCAGGAGGCCCACCCACCCGGGAUCACAGACACAGAAGCGGAGUCAAAGCUGAGCUCCUCUGCAGCAGCACAAAAGCCUGCAGGAUCCAUGCCUAAGACUCAGGAGAGGGGCAGUGAGAAACGCCACACAGAGGAGCCCUUGACUCACAUACCGCCACUGGAUUCCCAGGGAGCCAACUCGGUCUGAGGGAAGGGGGCACCUGGAAUCAAGGCUGCAGUUUGGGAACGCAUGGACACUGGAUUUGUUUCUCAUCUCUUCACUUUUGGGGAAAAUCUCUUGUUUUUAAAAAGUGAUAAAUUUGAUGUUAGGUCCUUGGCACUUUCCUUCUUUCCCAACUUGGAGAAUCCAAGACCCCUCCCCUCUUGGUCUGCCCUCUCUGCAGCCCCCCACGCUCCUGCCCAUCUGGGAGAAACUGGGCAGGAGCCUUGAGAAGGGGGUUGUUCUCCCUUAACCCUGCCUUUACUCGCUGCAGGAAGAAAAAGGGGACUCGAUAGGUGGGAGGCCUAGCUUCCAGGGUGCCAAGGAGGAAGGGUGGCCUAGGUUUUCUUUUUCUUGGAAGACAUGAGGAAGAGACGACCACCUGGCAGGCUGCCGUGCAGCUGGAAGACCUAGAGCUCCAAGACCCGCACCCUGCCCGGCUGUGACUGUCCUGUGGGUGCCACCUGCUGGACAACAGCAGUACUGCACCCUGGCACUUGGCCCAAGGUGGGGAAGGGCAGUGUCCUGUGUGGAUGCUUUGCCGGCCCUCCAAAGCCUGAGCUGCCUUCCCUUUGGAUUCCAAAACUCUGGGAUGUGUUCCCUCAUCCAGCUGUGAGGAGACCGCCUCCCUUUAUCCCAAAUCCAAGAGUUCAUUCCAUUAGCAAAGAUGGAUUGAGAAAACAGUGGCCAUUAAAGAAGAGGCCCUUGCUGAGAA